CGCGGCGGGGCAGGGCGGGGACUGCCUGCCUGCCUGGGUUGCGGAAGUGGUAGCCGCUGACCCAGGCUGCUGCCUUCUUGCUACUGCUUCGGCUUCCCAGCAAACCCCAGGACAGAGGGCGGCCGGGCUGUGGAUGGUCAGAUAGCUCCCAUCUCCUGCCGCCAAUUUCUGGCCCCAACCAGCACGGAGCAGACGGCGGCAGCGGCAGCAGCAGGCGAGGAGGAAGAUGGCGGGACGGCUGCCAGCCUGUGUGGUGGACUGUGGCACGGGAUAUACAAAACUAGGAUAUGCUGGAAAUACAGAACCACAGUUUAUCAUCCCAUCUUGUAUUGCUAUUAAGGAGUCAGCAAAAGUAGGUGAUCAAGCUCAAAGGAGGGUGAUGAAAGGUGUUGAUGACCUAGACUUCUUCAUUGGUGAUGAAGCAAUAGAAAAACCUACAUAUGCAACAAAGGUAUGUAUCUUUGAUUUGUAUAAAUAAAUAACAUUUUUAUUUUAAAGUUAGUUUGUUUGAUGUUUAUUCCCUCUGGAAUUUCACUUUAUUAUAGGCCUAAUACUCUUUUACUCUUAACCAUAGAAAUUUCUUCUUCCCUAUGGUUUUAAUUCUGCCCUCCUAUCCCCCAAGAAAAGUAAAGCUUUAACCUACUUAAGUGAAUUUACUUUUCCAUACCCAUUGGAUCUCAACCCUGAAUGGGAUUGGCUUUCUCUCAUCUUCACAUAGCCACAUCUGCAGAUUUGUCAAACCAAUACCAUUUGUCUUUUUUUUGAAGCUUAUGCCAUUUGGAAGUAUAGCUCUUCUUUUCCUCUUCUCCUUUCCUACCCUUUUCCUUCUGUUUCUUUUCAUUGAGGCAUAAAAGUAUACAGAUCUUAAUUGUACACUUUGAAGAAUUUUUGUGUCUGUAAUCGUAACAAUUCUAGAGUAAAUCUAGCAAUUUAGAAGCUUUUCUUGUGCCCAUUCCCCAAAAAUGUUACAUCAGUGUAAGUUCAUUCAGAUAGUCUUUUCCAAAUAGUCAGAUAACUAGUCCUUUCCAAAAGUUAAACACUGUUCUGACCAUUAUCAUCUUACUUUUUAACAUUGACCUUCCCUGAUAUGCAUAUUUCCUCCUUUGUAUUUCUUUU